AUGCAUUUGAUGUACUCGACGGGGCCGGACGGCAAGCGGCUGUAUACGCUCAAGAAGACGGCGCCGAACGGUGUCAUGACGCGUUCUGCUCACCCUGCGCGCUUUUCGCCGGACGACAAGUUUUCGCGCAACCGUAUUGUGAUCAAAAAGCGCUUUGGUCUGCUGCCGACGCAGCAGUCGCCGCUGCGUAACUAG